CUUGACUUGACAAAUGUUAUACAUGAAGAAGCUACUUUAGUUGCUGAGUGGCUGAGAUUCUUCUGUUUGUGAGAGUAUUUAACAUGUGUUGGAAACAACUUAGCUUAAGAAUUCGGAUGUUGGAGGACUGAGAUAUGGUGACCUUCUGCCUUCUGUAUAAAAAUCCUUAUGUAAGCAGACUCACGAGACAGAUGGAUCCAAUUAACUAUUUCUUUUGGGAUGUGCAUUUUCACUAAUGUUAUUGAAGAAUGUGUACGUCACAGUCGGUUGGGAUUGCUAUUGCAAUAGCAGCUGAAUCACAAGAUGAUAUUAAGGAACCAGUGAUUCUAAAUAACAGAAUGAGGAACUCACCCAGAGUUGAUUUAAACUGAGUUCAUUUAGACUGAAACUUUCUAUCAAGACCAACAGACAGACGACUUGAUUCUUGUUCUUUUCUUGUGGUGCAGAAUGGACCUGCAGGAGUACUUCCAGAGGAUCGGCUUCAGCGGUCCGUUUGAGAAGCCGGACCUGGCCUCUCUGCAGCUGGUGCACCGCCUGCACGUGCUGAGCAUCCCCUUUGAGAACCUGAGCCUCCACAGCGGCCAGCAGAACAGCAUGGAGCUGCCACUGGUCUUCAACAAGCUGGUGCAUCAGCGGCGUGGGGGCUGGUGCUGCGAGAGCAACCUGCUCUUCUCCUGGGUGCUGGGGCAGCUAGGAUACGCACACACCGCGCUGGGCGCCCGUGUUUACCACCCACAGCAGCAGGACUUCAGUGCCCGCGAGGGACACCUCAUCAACAGGGUGGACGUGGCCGGACGCUCCUACCUUGCUGACGUCAGCUUCGGUCUGGCAGACCAGAUCUGGGAGCCCCUGGAGCUGGUGUCAGGGAAGGACCAGCCCCAGCCGGCCGGAACGUUCCGCCUGAAGGAGGACGGUGGCACGUGGGUUCUGGAGAAAACGUCUCGCACGCCACUGAUCCCCAACGAGGCCUUCGCCAAGUCCAGCCUCCUGGACCGCAGUCUGACCAGCCCUGUGUUCUGCUUCACCCUGGAGCCCCGACAGCCGGGGGACUUUCAUGCCGCCGCCCACUUCCUCCAGACUGCCUCCGACUCGCUCUAUACCAACAAAUCAAUCUGCUCUCUGCCCACGGCCACGGGAUACAGAGCUCUGAUUGGUUGGAUUUACUGUGAGGUCACGUUUUGCUACCAGGAAGAGUUUGACCUGAUGGAGAUGCGUAAGAUCACAGAUGCCGAGGUCCAGGACAUCCUGAGGGAGAAGUUUGGCAUGCCACCAAUCCACAAUCUUAAACUGAAGAACAAUAAAAUAAAUUACACCAUGUAACUAUUCUUCCCUUGGGCAAAAAAAAAGAGAUACUUUUUUUACUUUUACUGUUUUGUCCCUGUCAGUUUGAGUAGUCUAUGCAAACGUUUCUAGCGGCUCUCUGAAGUAUGUGGAUCACUUUUUUAUUCAUAUGCCAUUUGAUGAAGAUUGGCCUCAUGGUAUAUGUGGUAUAUUUCUAAAUGCAGCAUGGUGUGUGCUGACCAAAUAAAUAAAAAGGUCCUGUAGAAA